AUGGAUGGGUUCAAUACCGAAGCGUUCACCUUGUUGGGGGUAGCCAUUACCGUAAUUGGCCUACGAACAACUGCAAGAUGGAUUAUGGUUGGCCUAAAAGGGUUCCAAGCUGAUGAUUAUCUAAUGCUGGUGGCAUGUGUGGUGUAUGGGCUAGAAACCGGCGCUGCGUACAUGGUCGGCGCGUGGUUCAUGGGCCUUGCCAAUAAUGCGAUGACAGACGAAGAGCGAAGAGAGUUGUCGCAUGAUUCGGAAGAAUAUCGCCUGCGUGUGGGCGGCUCUAAGGUCCAGGUGGCCGGCUGGUCACUAUACACUCUGUUAUUAUGGUUGCUGAAAACAUGCAUGGCCAUUUUCUACUCUCGAUUGACGUGGGUUUUGAUUCGAUUGCAUCUAUUCGGUCCUUUGUCACUGACGUAUAUCCUACUCUUUAGCGCAGGAUUAGUGAAUAUGCGAAUCCGAAUCCAUAUCGCCUACGUUCUCAUUGCCAUAACUUAUAUUGCAACGGUUUGUUCAAUUCUCUUCGGAUGUCAUCCAAUGGACAAAAAUUGGCAAAUAUAUCCAAACCCUGGAAAUUACUGCCAGCCCGCCGUGUCCAAGAUUGACAUCUAUGUGACCGUGGUACUCAAUGUCGCGACCGACCUCUAUUUGAUUAGUAUUCCAGCACCGAUGCUUGUUAAAGCCCGACUAAAAUGGCGGGAAAAGCUCGAGCUCUUGGUUCUUUUUAGCGGUGGCCUCUUUGUCAUGAUGGCUGGUAUUCUGCGUUGUGUUCUCAUCUUAACAGCUGGCGCAAAUGGGGCUCAACAAGCUGGCAGCUGGGCCUGCCGCGAGACUUUCGUCGCCGUCAUCAUCGGCAAUAUUCCCAUGAUAUACCCAUUGAUAAGACGAUUCACAAAACGUGCUGGUCUGUACAUCACAUCAAGGAAUGAGUCAGAGAGUUACCCUGGCUACCAUCUAUCAGAUGCCGAUACUGGCGGCGGGUAUUCCAAACGCAAGAAGUUCCGCCAUCCACUAUCGAUUCCCGGAGACACUCAAUGGAAUACAAUCAGCGACGAGCAAAUGAUCUUGCCUACCUCGCGACAGCAACCGCCUACAUGCACCGCAGGCGACGGCGACUGGGAGUCACAGAGCCAGAGUAGCCAGGGUGGAAUAAAGGUUGUUCAUGAAACAAUUGUUCAUAGGAGUGAGAAGUCCCAGCUAUAG